AUGCUAAAGGACAUGCCGACGAACGAUAAAUACCAUCAGAAAGCCUCUACACUCUUGGGUGCCAGGAAGUUAGAACGAAACGUAGACGACGAUUGGGAGACGCUAACUGCGGACAUAAAGGAAACGGCGAUUCAGAUUCUAGGACAGACCAAAGGAGGCAAAGCUUUGAAUAAGGAACUACGGUGGUGGAAUCAAUCGGUUAGGGAUUUCAUCGAAAGAAAGAAAAUUCUAUAUAGACGGUGGCAUAAAUCUAAAAAUUCGGAGGAUUAUCAAGAAUAUAGAGAGGCAAAGAGAGCCGCGAAGAAGGCCGUUGCAAUAGCGAAGAAUUCUGCGUACACCGAGAUGGCAAACAAACUGGAUCAUAAAGGGGGCGACAGGCUUAUGUACAAAUUGGCCAAGAUAAGGGAGAAGAAAAGUCGCGAUGUCGGAGUCCUUAAAAUAGUCAAAAACGAGGAGGGUCAAACCUUAUUCAAGCCGAAGGAGGUGAUGGAAAGGUGGUAA